AAAACCAACCUGUUUAGCUGGCUGCAACCAGGAAACCAAUCAAAGGGUGCACUGAGAAGAAACAGAGAGAGGGAGCGAGAGAAGAUGACAUUAAGACAGAGACUUAAAGACGAGACAACAACAUUUCAGCCAUUAACAGAGAUCAAGUUUUUGCUGUGCCGUGAGUAGAUGUCUCAGCUCAGUUGACUCUGGGAGUUUUAAAUGAUUGUACCUACAACAUAAAAUUUGGAAGAGAGGCAACAGGUGGACCAGAUUGGCUAUUAAGGGAAGAAAUGCUCAUCUGAGUGCAUGUUUAACGAUGCUGUGGUCAAACUUACUGCCAUUGGUUGGAUAAUGGGAUGCUGAAGGAUUGAUAUGGAUCAAGAGUGGAUGCUGUAUUACAAGGCUAGGAUGUGUGCUUUUCAAAGUAAGCAGGGAACUCACAAAAAUCACUUCAAGGACCACAAAGACCAGCAUGAAGAUUCAAAAACUUGAUCUCAUAUCAAUAGCUCCUCCUUAUUUUGCUCAUAAACAUUUACACAUACAAAAACUGAGCUUUCACAUCUCUAGGUAACAGAAGGACCACCGCUAUUAUUUAUUGUCCCUCCCCUACGCAUGCAAAUAGCCUCACAUUUAAGGGUACUUUUGUUUCACAUCAAUAUUGAACACACAACAUAGUAAUGAUGGCGACAGCAGGUUCAGGAGCCUCCAAGAACCCGAGAUCCAGCUCCCAACCCCCUACCAGUGGAGACCGUCGGCUGGUGGACAAGGCCCUGAAAAGGCUGGAGAAACUCCACGAGCUGUGCACCAAUCCCCGGCUCAGCCUGAAGAACAGUCCACCAUACCUGCCUGAUCUGGUAUCUGAAACAUCGAAGUUGCUUGUGCAGGUUUGGGAACCUUACAGAGGCCCCAAGGCAGCAGGUGGCCUGGUUCCCCGGGGAGACGAGGCCAAGUACCUCAGAGUCCAUGUCAGAAACCUGCUGGAUAAGACGGACAGGGCCGUGCUGCUGUUUAAAGAAGGACGGGACAAGAUAUUCGAGGAGACGUCCAGCUACAGACGGAACUUGACCAAACUAUCUCUGCUGUUCAGUCACAUCCUCUGGGAGCUAAAGACCAUGUUUCCAGGGGGCGGGUUUCAGGGUGACGCCUACAGAGUGACCAAGACCGAAGCUGAGGAGUUUUGGAGGAAUUCAUUUGGCAACAAGUGUAUAGUGCAGUGGAACAGCUUUAAAGAGAAGCUGCAGGGUGCACAUGCAUUUGAGGAGGGUAUGGAGUCCAUGGCGCUGAAAUCAACGAUCGAUCUCACCUGUAAUGAUCACAUCUCUGUGUUUGAGUUUGACAUCUUCACUAGACUGUUUCAGCCCUGGAGGUCACUCAUUAGGAACUGGAACCAGCUAGCCGUGACUCAUCCGGGCUACAUGGCCUUCCUCACCUAUGACCAGGUCGUAGCUCGUCUGCAACACUACCUGCAACGGCCAGGGAGCUACAUUUUUCGUCUGAGCUGUACAAGAAUGGGCCAGUGGGCUAUUGGCCAUGUGACCAAUGAAGGUAACAUCAUCCAGACCAUCCCACAGAAUACACCUCUGUACCAGGCACUCAUCCAGGGCUUCAAGGAAGGCUGCUACUUGUACCCAGAUGGUCGUGAUGUGAACCCCGACCUGACGAGCUUGAGCGAGCCGGCCCAGAAGGGCAAAGUGAAAGUUUCAGAAGAGCAGUACGAGCUUUACUGUGAGAUCGGCAGCACCUUCCAGCUGUGCAAGAUCUGUGCAGAGAGGGAUAAGGACACACGUAUCCAGCCCUGUGGACAUCUCCUGUGCAAACCCUGCCUAAUAGGCUGGCAGCAGAAGUCAGCUGGCCACACCUGCCCGUACUGCCGCUGCGACAUCAGGGGAACAGAAUCCAUCCUCGUUGAGCCCUUCCUUCCAAGCAGCGGCCAUUGGGAGGAUGAGGAUGAGGAUGAUGCAGAGGAGGCUGACCAUGAGGACAUUGAACUGAUGGUCAAGGAGAUGGCUGCCCUGAGGAAGUUCUCCAGUUUGGAUUAUCAGUUUCCCAGCUCCAGUGUCUCCAGUGUCUCCAGUGUGGCCAGUGUCGCUGCUCCACCACUGCCCCCUAAAAACAGCACUAUCCCACGCUGUCCAUCUCCCCCCAGCCAAUCACAGACAGGUGAAUCUAAGAUGCAGUCAAAAAGCUCCCACUCUCAUUCGCAGAAUCCCAGUGGAAAUGAAGCAAGUAGAAGGCACAAAAAGCACACAAGACCUAACAGUGCUGAAUUCCUCACUGAAGCAAAGCUUUCUUCUUCUCCAAAUGAAAGUGCCGGUGCAGUAGCAUGGCUCGGACCCUCCAGCCCUGUCAAACAGAGACAAAGACAUAGAGAGAAAGAGGAACGGAGAGCCGGAGCCAGAAAAGACAAAUGUAGUUUGGGAGAGAUGGCCAGAACAAUGUCUUCUUGAUCGAAACACAACCCCUGCAAUCUACAGACUCUGUAAUUGAAGUGACACGUCCACAAAUCCGUCCUCAAAGAAUGUAAAAACUGUUUUUAGUGUCAUUUAGAAAGCAGCCUUGUAUGCUGGGAUGAAUGGGUGAGACUGUCAGGAAGGUUUCUUAGUUAGGCCUCCUCCUGUUCAAUAAUCACACUGCCAUUAUCACCACAGUAGGUUCAGUACUGAUUCCUAAAUAUAGUGUCACUCAGUCUUUUUUAUCAUUAAAGCAUUGUCUGAGCCUCAUGAGUAUAACAACAUUGAAGAGGAGGGUUGAUAGUUGAAAAUGUCACUAUAUAAACAAAUGUAGAUACAAUUAUUUUAAUUUGUGUUAAAUCAAUAGAAAUAUGCUACCUCGUCAAUUUAAACCAUGCCAUAAUGUUUGUUUUUAUAAACAAGUUAUAGGAGUAAAUAAAGGCCUCUGUUUAGCUCAAACAGUCUCAAGAAGUAAUCAAAUCAAACCAAUAAACUCAGAAGUGACACAUGC